UGGCCUUGGCCUGAUGGAGGUGACUGAGGGCUCAGGGUUUGCAGAGAAGCUUUGCAGUGAGGUCGGAGUCUCCCUCUUUAAUUUUUCCCAGCGACUGCAGGUAGUGGAGGGCAAACCCCCUCCUCCCCGGGAAUUCAGAAACGGGGGUGAGAAGGGUCUGAGUAUCGGGGCACACGGGGUGGUGAACGAGCGGCCACGUGUGUGCGUCAGGGCUGGGAAUCGCUUCUCUGCCGGCCACGCUGGAGGAGAGGAGGAAGGAAAAAACCAACGGCAACGGCGUUUUCCAAAGCCUGAGCGUUUCUGCUUGCCGUCGCUUCCAAGGAACAGAGAGAAGCGGGGAGGUAAAUUACAGUGAUUCAUCGCGGGGAGGAAAUGAGGGUUCGCUGCCUGCCCUGGGCCUGACUGGUGCUGAGGGCCUGACGCCCACGGGCCGAGCAUCCCUGCGAGCAUCUCCAGCUGCCGGAGGAGCCACCGGAGAGGAAAACAAACCGCCGAGGCCAAGAGAAGGAGCCCAGGGAUUUUCCACCUGCGUUUCUGCGGAGCAUCCGAGCGAUCUGCCCGUGAGCGAGGGUUGGGGAUGGGGGUUCUGCAGAGAUGCUCGGUGUCUGGGGGAUGCACCGCUUCGCCCCCCGUUUUGGGGUCAUCAUCCCUCCCUCGGGGACCUGUGGGGUGGCCGGGGGUCCACUAAGGAAUGGAGCGUGGGGAAAAAGGGGGCGGGGCUUGGGAGCUGCUGCCUGCGGAUUGGCUGGGGUAGAGGGGAGACCCCCCCCCAAAUUGUGCUGGGAAGAAGGGACACUGUGAGCUUGUAGAGGGGAUGAAGGCACCACAAGGUCCCCCUCACCCCAUUAGGAUGCGCUUGGGGCAACCCGCCUCCCCCCCAUUCCCAUGGUUUUGCGGCUGGGUGGCUGCAGUGUGGCAUCGGUGACACGAGUUGUGCCGGUCUCAGCCCACCAAGGGGUGCAAAAACCCCCCUCGGGUGUCUGGAGAGGGGCUGGAUGCACUCUUCGAUGGGUGCUCAGGCUGAAAAAGCACCCCCAAACCUGCUGCUCCCAUCCCUGAGGACCAUCCCCAAAUGGAUUUGCCGUGGGGGUUUUGGUGCUGCAGGGCUGACAGGGAAGUGGGACAAAGCACUGGGAGGGGGGGCAGCAUGGUGAACCCUGAAAAUCUGGCUGGAGUUCGGGGUGUGGGACUGUGUGCGCAUCCCUUUGCAUCUGGAUUGCACGCUCUGGGUGUGGGGACCGCUUGCAUCUCGCUGGGGGGCAGGAUGUGGGGCGCGCAUUUCCUACGGGGCUGGGAUGUGGGAAUCAUGUGCAUUGUAUUUAGGGUUGGAAUUUGGGGACCCUCGUACCACACUUGGGGUCAGGGCGUGGGGACUGCCUGCAUCCUCUUGGGGCAGCGACGUGGGACCCUCGCGUGGGGCUCAGGAAUAUUGGAUUUGGGUCAGGACACGCGGAUGCUCACACUGGGGUCACUGUCAGGCUCCGGGGACCCUUGUGGAGCAUUUUGGGGUCACAGGGGGACUCCUGGGCUCGAGAUGGGAUGUGGGAACCCUUGCACGAUGCUUGGAGUGGGAACAUGGGGACCUUUGCGCCGGGUUUGGGUCAGAACUUGGGGACCCUUUUGUCGGGGCUGAUGUGGAGGGACCUCGGUGUUCGGUCCAGGAUGUGGGAACACCAGUGUUGGGAUGAGGACUUGGGGACCACAGCACCUCCCCAGGGAGGGAAACGGGGAGCAGUGGGGGCAGGGUCUGUCUCUCCAGUGCCUCCUCACAGGGACCGUGACCAGAUCCUGCUCCCACCGCUGCUCUGGGUGGCUCUGGAUCAUUUGGAUGCAGCACCAGAGCUGCUUAACCCCAUCCUGAUCCACCCCGAACCCCCAUUGCCAUGAAGAAGAAGCCAGCCAACGGGCAGGGGCCGGAUCCUGUGCCCCCCCAGCAGCGAGCCCGCGGCAUCGCCAAACCGGCUGAGUACGUGGGCUCCUUCGUGGUGGAGGACUUGGACCUGCAGCAGCAAGCAGGGUGGCUGGAGGAGCAGCUGCGGGCGUUGAAGGACUGCCCAAGGAGGAGGUCGGUGAUGCUGAGGUUCAGUUUGCAGGGGCUGAAGGUCUAUGGCGCUGACGGGGAGACGCUGCUGAUGGCGCACGCUCUCCGCCGGAUCCUGUACAGCGUGUGGCGACACGCUGACCACCAGUUCGCCUUCGUGGCUCGCAAUCCCUGCAGCCCCGCCAGCACCCUCUUCUGCCACCUCUUCGUGGGGCCCCCGGGCGAGGUCCAGAUCCUCCACCUCCUGCUCUGCCGCUCCUUCCAGCUCUGCUACCUCCUGGCACACCCCGAGGAGCAGGCGGGAGAGGGGGAGCCCCCGGGCACGGGGGUGCUGCGAGAGCCCCUCAACCCCGAGGAGGUAUCGCGCAAUGUCAACGCCCUCGUCUCCUUCCGACGCUUGCCCGCGCUCGCCGGCCUCGGCUCCCUGGGCGCAGGGGAGCGGCGGCUGGAGGCAGAGGGCAGAGCCAGUGCCUGGCGCCCCGGGAACCCCUACUGCUCCCCCGUCCUGGUGCGCAAAAAGGCCAUCCGCAGCAAAGUGCUGCGCUCGGGUGCUUACCGGGACUGCGGGGGUGAGAGCCAGCUCCACCAGCCGCCCCGAGACGCUGCAGCGACGGGAUGGGAGAGCAAAGGGUCGAGGAGCUUGGCCUUCCUGCCCGAGAACGAGAAUGUCCUCGCCGAGAGUGUGUGGGCUUUUGCCGGCAUUGCCAGGGAUGGCGGCAUCGCGCUGCUGCAGCGGGACGUCCCCGGCGCCUUCCUCCUGCGCCCCGAGCCUGGCGUGGCCAAGCGCUGGUGCCUGUGGGUGCGGACGCCCUGCGGUGUCAUCCCCUACUGUCUCUUCAGGACCCACCAGGGCAGGUUCUGUGUGGAGCACUCCAACGCCGAGUUCGCCAGCGUGGCUGCCCUCCUGGCUCACUACUCCGGGGCGCCGGGGGGCUGCUUCUGCCGCUUGGCCCCCGGCCGCUGCAACCCUGGCUACGAGGAGCGGGACCCCGGCUGCGAGGCCAGUGCUUGGGGGGAGGCAGCCUGGGCCCCCGCUGCGCCUGUCGGGGUGCAGCACGAGCAUGGUUAGGCCCGGCCACCCCUCGCUUGGGCACCGCUACCCCCCAAAAUCCCCACUUAGCUUUAACUCGCUGCCAGCUGCCUUAUUUCUUCCCUCCCGCGGGCUGCGCACACUCGACGGGCUGUACAGCGCA